AAAUUAAUUGUAAAAUCUAUACUCUGUAAUUAUAUUUUAAAGUUACGUUUCUGUUGAGUUUGACAAAAAUGUCAAUAGUAAAUUGUGUAAUAAUAAGUAUAUGUGUUGUUUAUGGUUUAUCAAUCGUAAAUGUUUUAUCGGUUGAUAUUUCAUGUGUAGACGAUUGGAGUAAAAUUAUCGUAAUAUUCAAUGAAGAUGGGUUAGCAGCAAUAAAUUUAGUUGGAGCUUUACAUAUUGCACGCCAUUUUUCUUAUAAAUUUUCUUUUGAAGAUAUUAAAAACAUUUUCAGUAACUGCAAUGUGUAUUCAGAUGAAUAUAUUACGGCAUUUCAAAUACAAACUGGUUUAAGAAAAUAUUUGAACAAACGUGUUCAAAUUAAAAUUAUAGUCAAUUUCAUGAAACAAGCUUGGAAAAAAACAACAUUUUUGGAAAUUAGAUGUACAUUUACAAAACAGCAGUUGAACAAUGCAUUUAAAUUAAAAGAUAGUAAAUCAUCAAAAUUUAAAUUCGAACCAGAAAGCCCAGAGUAUAUAAAUGGCGUACGUAUUGAAAUAAAUAAUGAUAAUACAGCUAUGGUCGAUUUUAAAAGCGCUCUUUGGAUAGCCCGUAUAAUUAAUUCAAAUAUUGAUGAAGAAUUAAUGACUAAAAUAUUCAAUCGAGUUGAAGUAGCAAUCAAUGAAAAUUUGAAUGUUUUUCAACUUUGUUCUGGAAUGGCUUUUAUAAAAUAUUUUAAACAUGUGAGUGUAUAUUCGAAUUUGAUGAAAAAAGUUUGGGAAAAAACAACAAGGGAAGAAAUAAAAAAAAAAUUUACGGUUGAAGAUAUUAAAUUCAUAUUUAGGUACAACGACAAACUACUAAUCAAUUAGAAGAUCUCUUAUUCUAAAAUUACCUCAUAAGUGUAUUUAACAUAAAAAAUAUUAAGUUUUUCAAAAUAAAUUUUAAUUUUAAAUUCAUACAAGUGUAAUUAGUAAAAAAUAAAACGAUAUAUUAUCAAACACCAUUACUUAAAAUUAAAAUAAAUAUUAAUAGCUCUAUU